GGGGGAGGGGGGCGUGGCAAGGAUCAGGGGACCAGACUGACCUGGGGGCCGGGUCAGGGUCUCACACGCUCCAGUUGAUGUUGGGCUGUGACAUGGGACCGGACGGCCGCCUCCUCCGCGGGUACCACCAGUAUGCUUACGAUGGCACCGACUACAUCGCCCUGAACCAGGACCUGCGCUCCUGGACCGCGGCCAACACUGCAGCCCAGAUCACCUGGCGCAAGUGGGAGGCAACUGGUGAGGCUGAGGAAAGGAGACACUUCCUGCAGGGGGAGUGCCUGGAGUGGCUGCACAGAUACCUGGAGAAGGGGAAGGAGGUGCUGCAGCGCACAGGUACCAGGGGCCUGGGGCCUCCCUCUCUCCUGGGGCUGGGGCUCCACAAGGAGACAGGACACAGGGUCAGUGUCAGACCCCCCUCCUGUGGGCCAGGAGACUGAGUCCGCCUGG